UUUAUUUUUAUUUUUUCUUUGUAAUAAAAAAUUCAGAAAACAAGACUUUACUUACACACACAGAAGAGAACACAGAAGAAAAACUCCUACUCCUCCUACUCCCUGAAGUCCCUUCUUCUUCUUCCUGUUUGAGAGAGGAGAGAGAAAGAGAGGAGAGAGAAACUCGCCGGAGAGUGUGUGAGAGAGUGGAGGAGGGGGUGGCAGCGAGUCAAAUGUGAUGGGAAGCGGCUUCUCUCACCUCAUUCCAUGUCUCAAACCUGAGCACAACCACCACAACCACCACGGUCAUAAUAACAAUAAUAAGAGCUACGACUCUGGGAGUAGCAACAACAACCACCAGGACUCGGUUUUUUUCACGGCGGAGCAGCCUCUUGAUGAAACCCUAGGCCAUUCUUUCUGUUACGUCCGUUCCUCUGCUCGUUUUCUCUCUCCUACUUCCUCCGAUCAUUUCAUUUCCCCUUCUCAUUCUCUGCGCUUUGACGAUAGAUCCGACCCGACCCGACCUCCGGUGAGAGCCGGUGCGCCGGAAACCGGGUUUCGUACUAUUUCCGGGGCGUCUGUUUCGGCGAAUACUUCUACGCCUCGGACGGUUGAGGUGGAGACGGCGGUUUACGGGUCCGGUUCGAUUGUGAACGGGUUUGAUUGUACGUCGUCGUUUUCGGCGCUUCCUUUGCAGCCGGUUCCUCGAGGGGACAGCUCUGGUUUUUUCCUGUCCGGUCCGAUCGAGCGUGGGGCCCUUUCCGGGCCGCUUGAUUCGGGACCUGAUACUGGGCGGGUUCCGUUCUCGGCGCCACUCGGUGGGGCCUACAAGAAGAAAAAGAGGAAGAAGAGUUUGAAGAAGUUGUAUAGAAGCUUUUCGGAGAAAAAACGGCAGUGGGUUGUUCCGGUGGUGGGGAGGAAGGAGAGCAGUGAAGAAGAAAUUGGGAGGAGGAGAGAGAAAGAGGUGGAAGAAGAUGUGGAGGGUAGUAAUGUAAAUGUACAGUGGGCGUUAGGGAAGGCGGGGGAGGAUCGGGUACAUGUGGUUGUAUCGGAAGAACAUGGGUGGUUGUUUGUUGGGAUUUAUGAUGGGUUUAACGGCCCUGAUGCUCCGGAGUUUCUGAUGGGUCAUUUGUACCGUGCUGUAUUCGGUGAGCUCAAAGGAUUGUUCUGGGAUAGUGAAGAAAAUGGUGAUGUUGCUGUUUCGGGACAGCAGCAAGUAGAGAAUCAGCCCGAAAUUGAGGGCGAGAUUGCAAAUGUGGAUGAUAAGGAGCACGAAAGUCUUCAUAUAGCGGAAGAGCGUGGUGGGGGUGGGCCGGUGAAGAGGGUGACAUUUGAUGCGGAAUUGGAUAGGAAAGAGACAAUUAGGAGGAAAUUAUGGGAGUUUCUUGCAGAAGAUGAUGCAGAAGACGGGCUUGAUCUUUCCGGGUCAGAUAGGUUUGCAUUUUCGGUUGAUGAUGCUGUUCGUGUUAGCAAUGCAGGGUCUGCCGUGGGUAGAAGGUCGUUGUUGUUGUCGAAAUUGAAACAAGGGUUGAGUAGGAGUAAAGAAGGGCAUAAUAGAGGGUUGUUUCAAUGGAGGUUUGGGGUAGAAGAGAAGGAUAAAGUAGAUGAUGUUGAGAAUAGAGUUGAAGAGAAAUCAUGUAGGAGUGGUCGUAGGAGAAAGACAGGACCUUUGGAUCAUGACUUAGUUUUAAGGGCAUUGUCACAAGCAUUGGAGAAGACGGAACAAGCUUAUUUGGAUUUAACGGAUAAAGUGAUUGAUCGGUAUCCAGAGCUUGCAUUAAUGGGUUCGUGUAUGUUGGUUGUUUUGAUGAGAGAUGAGGAUGUGUAUGUAAUGAAUUUAGGGGAUAGCCGUGCUAUUGUUGCACAAUUAGAACCUCAAGAAAGCUGUUGUGUUGUGGGAUCAAAGGAGAAGGCAGAAUGUGGGUCUAGUACAGAAGGCAUCAUCGAGGAAUGUGCAGCUAGUGGUGAGAAGUCGAGCAAUGUGGAUGACGAGUUUCCUUUGGAAGCCAUGAAACUUACUGCGUUGCAGCUUACGAUUGAUCAUAGUACUAGCAUUGAAGAGGAAGUCUUAAGGAUUAAGAGGGAACAUCCAGAUGAUAGACACUGCAUUGUCAAUGAUAGAGUAAAAGGCCGUCUUAAGGUUACUCGAGCAUUUGGAGCUGGGUUUCUCAAACAGGCCAAGUUUAAUGAUUCAUUACUGGAGAUGUUCAGGAACGAGUUUAUUGGUGAUGCACCGUAUGUGUCGUGUAUUCCUUCUCUACGUCACCACAAACUCGGACGAAGAGAUCAGUUUUUGGUGCUGUCAUCGGAUGGGUUAUACCAGUAUUUCAGCAAUCAGGAUGUCGUUUCUUUUGUUGAGAAUUUCUUGGAGAGAUUCCCCGAUGGAGAUCCAGCACAACAUCUCAUUGAAGAGCUUCUCAACCGAGCUGCCAAAAAAGCAGGUAUGGAUUUUCAUGACUUGUUAGACAUCCCACAAGGUGACCGCCGGAAGUACCAUGAUGAUGUCACUGUUAUGGUGGUAUCUCUUGAAGGGAGAAUUUGGAAGUCUUCAGGAAAAUACCCUUAAAAAAAACAUGUUCAUAUGAAAAACUAAGUUAUGGCUCUCUAUCUGGUAUCACCAAAGAAGAUGAUGGUUCACAAUAAGAACCACUGGAUAUGGAUAUCAAAUCUUAACUAUAUGGGCGGGCGCCAAACCGACCCAGUUCUCAUGGGUCCUUAAAUUAGUCCUAGAAGUUUAUAGGCAUACUUUUUUUCCGGGGAAGAAGCAAUCGAAGCGACUGUAUAAACGUGCCCCGAGUUACUAGAAGGUGCCGCCAUUGUUGAUGAUGGAGAAAAGCUUGGGGAAAAUGUGGGUUUGGAAUUUUUAGAGGGAAAGGGUGUUUUACUCUUUGUAUUUUUCUUUUCUCCAUUGGGGAUUUUGCUGUAGGUAGAGUAGGUAGAGGCUCUUCAAUUCUUUUUUUUUUUUUUGGGUUUUUUUUAUUUAUUUGGAGCCAAAAAUGGGGGGUAUAAAUGGAGAAAAAAGGUUUAAGGUGUAGCAAAAUUUGGUGGGGGUAAAAAGGUUACAGAAUCUGUAAUUUCAGAUGGAAUUUCCAUCAAUGCAGCUGACAGUUAAAAAUUUAUACAUGGAUCUCGGUUUAGGGCGUA